AUGUCGAAAGUAAUCGCCAUAAUCGGCGCAACCGGAAACCAAGGGUCCUCCGUCGCGCACACCUUCCUUGACACCCCGAACUGGACCGUCCGCGCCAUAACCCGCAACCCUGCCUCAACAAAGGCCCAAGCCCUCGCCGCCGCCGGCGCCGAACUCUUCCAGGCCGAGUUAAACGAUAUCGCCUCUCUCGAAGCCGCAUUCCAAGGCGCACACUCUAUCUUUGUGAACACGACUUCUGGGGUCCCUAUCUUCGUGGGACGGGGACUGGGAAACGCUGCGAUUGCGGCAUCGAGGGUUCCGACGCUUGAGCGGUUUGUGUAUUCGGCGUUGGGACCGAUGAAGAGGGCUUCGAAGGGGAAGUAUGCGCUGUCGCACCAUUGGGAUUCGAAGGCGACAAUUGUGGAUUAUAUUAAGCGGGAACAGACGGAGCUUGCGAAGAAGACGUCGAUUAUUUAUAUUGGUGUUUAUGCGACGAAUCCGCUCAUCAUGCCGAAGCUCGACCCCGAGACGGGGCUGUACAAAUUCAUCCUCCCUAUGCGCGGGGAGACGAAGAUACCCAUUAUUGACACUCCCUCGUCAAAAGGACCCUUCGUACACGCGCUCGUUGAGCACGAGCCGGCGGGCACAAACUUACUCGCGUACGAUAGCUAUCUCAGCAUUAAUGAGGUCGUCGAUAUUUGGGCAAAGGCGAUGGGGAAGAAGGCAGAGCUAGUGACUGUCACGGCGGAGCAUAUGCAUACUGAAUUUAAUAUUCCGUGGGAGGUGCUCCAGGCACCAUUGUGGAUUGACGAGGCUGGGUAUAUGGGUGGGAUCGAGGGGUGGAUUGGGGCUGCUGAUCUGAAGGUCAGGCCGAGGACAAAGACGUUUGGGGAGUGGUUGGCAGGAAGGGACUGGGAGGGGGUCUUAGAUGGGGGGCAUGCUGAGUUGCAGAGCUUAAAGGAGCCGGGGACGAGUGCUUAG